UGCUGUUCCUUUUUGGUUUUCGGAGCAUAUUUUCGGGAAAAGAACUCUGCAGAUCCUAACCCUAUUUGAAAACCCGUUUGAAAUUCAAACGCAGUACCGGAAUCGCCCCAUCUGGCAGCACUGCGACCUGUGAUCGUGUUGGUUAUCGAUAGAAGGACAGAUCGUCUAAAGUCUGUGUUUACAUUUGAAGAGUUAAAAAUGGAAGAAGAGAACAGCGAGGAGCAGGUUUUGGAGAAGUUUUCCAAAAUGUCCUUCUCGUACAAUGCGUUCAGGGACUUCAUUAACCACCAGGAGGUGAUCAUCCAGGACGAUGUGGUGAUGACGGCCUUUUGCGAUGCGAUUCGGCAUGCACACAUCUUCGAAGGCGCCACAGUGCUCGAGGUGGACUGCGGCAGUGCCCUGCUUUCGAUGUUGGUGGCCAAGCAAGGAGCCGCCCGGGUGUUUGCCGUGGACUCUGGCAAUGCGGCGCAGGUGGCGCGCCAGUUGGUGCGCGAGAACGGCCUGGACAGCGUGAUUGAGGUGAUUCAGGGCGACAUUCGGAGCUUGAAGCUUCCCCCAGUCGAUGUCAUAGUAUCCAAGUGGAUGGGGGCCUGUCUGUUGUAUAACUCGGCUUUGGAUCGGGUCAUCUAUGCGCGCGACAAGUGGCUCAAGCCCAACGGAUGCAUCUUUCCGGACACGGCCAGGCUUUAUCUCUCGGUGGCCGAGGACAGGAAUACGGAACGGCCCAGGCAUUUCUGGUCGCGCUUUUUAGGCUUCAAUAUGUCCCAUGCGGCAGGCAUUGUCCAGCAGCUACCGAAAGUGGGUUGCGUGCUGGCACGCCAGAUACUCGCCAAACCGCAGGAGAUAUGGAAAAUGGAUCUGCGUACCAUCAAGAGCGACCAACUGAGCUUCAAAGUGCCCUUUCAACUGCUCGUGCAGCGUCAGGAGAUCAUCGAUCUGUUUGUCGUGCACUUUGACUUUAGCUUCUCGGGCGGCACCGAUGAGAAGGUGGUGUCCACCAGUCCCUGGGCUCCGAGCACUCACUGGCAGCAGACUCUCUUCCAUAUCGAUCAGCAUCUGCCCAUAUGCAGGGGCGAAAAAUUCUCGGGCAACUUUUCCGUUUCUCGUGGGGCCAACUAUCUGGACUUUGACAUCGAGUGGGGCUUCCGUAAUAAGCUGGUAAAGAUUAAGGAACACAAGCAAAUCUUUCGCUUGGGUGGCGGCUGCAAGGACAAGCCAUAGCCCAAGGAUGGGGCUAGUGAUGACUGAGAGACUGCCAUUGAAUGGAAAGUAAUAUAAGUUUUAUUUUAAUCGUAAAAUACUAGCCGGCGAGGAGUGCUUGAGAUUUUUUUUGCCAAAGGAAGGCGGCACCUUUUUUUUUUAGUAUAUACAUAAGUAUAUAAAUAUAAGUAUAUCUCUGUA